AUGGCGGGCGGCACCCGCUCUAGCAUUGGGCCCUCGGUCAAGUUUGUGGGACACGACGCCACUGGGCUUCCCGUGAAGCGCAAACAAGUUCAUCAGGCAUGUUUGCCCUGUCGGAAGCGGAAAGUCAGUUCAGUCCCGACCAACGACGACGACGACGGAGAUCGGAGCAGCCCUUCCCAGCCGGCCGCCGCAACCGAUAGGGACACCUCCGACGCCGCAGCCCAGCUACUCCGCUUCUUCCACCACGGGGCGGACAAGUCCACCUCCGACAAUGCCAAGAACCCCCCCGUCCCACGGCCACGACCCAUGUCUCCGGAGCCACCAUUCCUAGGAGAUCUAAACCCCGAGGGCAUUCUUGCUGAGGCUACCAUGGCUCCAUCGCAGAAACCUUCGCAAGCCGCUGAAGACGCAGAGCAUCAAGUGCUAGGCUACUUACCACCGACUUCGCCGCGUCAGAGCAAGGGGACUUAUAAACCCACAGAAACAGGAACAACGACGAGCGCAUCCGGUUCAGCCGGACAGACAUCCGGCCCAUUCUUCUCACUCCCCCAGGGGGAUGGCACCCGAUUCACGAUUCAUGUGCAGGACACGGCCGGGCUCGUGGCCAUCGCCCAGACCAUUGCGAACCGCACGCUUGCCGACAAGGUCAUGCCGUCAGCGGCAGCAUGGGAAGCCAUGAGAGACUUGUAUCUCCGUAAAAUCCACCCCAUCUUCCCGAUCUACGACAAGUCCGAAUUGGUCAACCUUCCUAAAGACACCGCCCUGCGUGAACUUAUCCAGGGCUCUGUAUGUCUCGCUGCAGCAACCGACCCGGAUGUCGGGCAGCUCUUAACGUUCAAGUCCCAUGCCAACGGGGCUACCACCGACGCUAUCGUGUCGUUUGACGAAUACUCCCGCGAGAUGGCCUGUUUCAUCAACAAACGGCUUGUAGAGCUGCAGGAAAGCCGGCAGAUCUCGCUCAUCAAUCAGAUACAGGUCAUGGGCCUCACCUGCUUCUACUGGCAGCCCGCGAACCCCAUAGAACGGUUUGAGCCGCUCAACCUCUACGCCAAGCUGGCGAGCAUUGUGCACACCCACGGUGUGCACGUUGGUGUUCUCGCGCGUUCGGCCGCGGACACGGGAGCGGGGCAUGGGAGUCGGGUGUUCAAGUGUCUCUACGCGCUUGACCGGCUCAUUGGCGCGAUUUCGGCAAGGCCGCUGCUGUUCCACAACUUUGAUCUGGUUCAGAUUCCGCGGCCGGAUGCUCAAGAUCCGCCGAUCUUCAGGUUAUUCAUGUCUUUGAUCCAACUUCUGGACGAGGUCAUCGAGAUGUACCGCCCGCGGCCCAAGGUCAGCUUCGUGGACCUGCCUGUGUUUGAGCGCAUGGCCAUUGAAGCGGGCGCGCAGUGUGAACCGGAAAGCCUGUUGGUCACGCUCGAAGUACUCUAUCACGCGAUCGGCGUACUCUCGGUCCGCAUGCCGCGCCACCGGUUCCGCACCGCACCAGAAUGCGACACGCGCCUAGUCCCACCGACGCAGCAUCUUCCACCCAGCAGCAUGAACGCGCGGCGAUCCCACUCGGCCGACCGCAUCCUGGACGUCAUCAACGACUACAAGCUUAGCCCGAUGCCAUUUGUACCAUAUGCCUCGACGCUGUCGCUGAGCGUCGCCUAUCGCAAGUGGCGCUUCAGCCGGCUGCCCAUGUUCCGGACCAGGGGAGGUGCGGAUUUUAAGAAGGUGUUGCCGGUGGUUCAGCGGUUGGGGGCGAUUUGGAGUAGUGCGCGCAUUAAUGGGCAGUUGGGGCAGGCGGUGAUGUUGAAGUUGGAUAGUAGUGAGGCGGACAGGCAGCGGAAGAAGGGUGAUGCGGGCAAAAGGGGGCGGGAUCAGUCUGUCUCUCAGACGAGAGCCAAACGAGCGUGCCGACCGAGAGACGUCGGCAGCAGUGCUCGCCCUGCUGGAAGCAGUAACCUAGCACCAGCACGCAACGCUCCCCAGGCCGCGGAUCACACCAAGCCAUGGCCUCAGACCACGCCGGAAACACACCUUCCUUCUCCAACAACAACCACCACUACCUCAUCCACCGACCGGAUACAACCGACAUCGAUGCCACAACAGCAACAUAUUCAACCGCUCCCACCGACCUGGACAGCGGCCUGGACGAGCGAGGCUCCAACUGCGCAUCAAGCACUGCCCACAUCUUACCAAACCUUUGCCCAAGCCACAGAGGACGAAGCCAUCCCUCUCCCAGGGACCUGCGACCCAAGUAUGGGCACCACCGCAUGUGAUGACACAGGCCUACUGGCAGUCGAUGACCUGCUCAUUGACGAUGACGCGCUAUUCUCAGCGUGGGACCCGCAGUUUGCGCAGUCGGUGGAUUUUUCAUUUUGCAGUAUUUUGGAUCCGGGGAACCCGUUUGCUUGGCCGGAGUAUUGUGGGUAUUCGGGGUGA